CACCACCAAUGUUGAUUGUUUCAUCCUACAUAUUAAGCUCAGAGCAUCCUCACAUUGGGCAGCGUUACACAAGUACCAACAAUAUUAGAAACCUACCAAAUAUGCCAUUGAAACACACUAUGGGUUGCCAACUCCAAUACCACCUUCUAUAAGCCCAAAAAAUUUGUUGAAGAAUGCAUCCACCAAGUUUAGUGCUAGAUACCUUGAAGCGUAUCAAACUAUACAUAGCCAUGAAGCUCCUGUUACCGAAUUCGGAGGUGCCUCGGAUCUAUUGGGAGAAAGCUCAGCAUCUCUGUGGGUUCCUGUCCAUGAAGCUCAUUUCCAGAGCCAGAUGUGUGGCAAGUUCUGUCAAACAAUCUUAUAGUUUUCUGGUUUGCAAAAGUAACCCUUUGGUAGUUCAGCUCGUUUACUUUGUGAUAAUCUCAUUUGCUGGUUUCCUUGCUCUGAAGAAUCUCAAGCCCCAGGGUAAGCCAGGUCCAAAGGAUUUGGACCUAUUGUUCACCUCUGUGUCUACACUUACUGUCUCGAGCAUGGCAACAGUAGAGAUGGAAGACUUAUCUGACAGGCAACUCUGGGUUCUGAUCCUUCUGAUGCUAAUGGGAGGAGAGGUGUUCACAUCAAUGCUAGGGCUCUACUUCAACAAUGCCAAUGCCAACAGAAAUGAGAACAGCCAGAGAAGUUUACCUUCAAUCAGCUUGGACAUUGAAUUCAACAGUCCUGCAAACAAUGGGGAUCACAAAAUUACGGAAUGUGGCCAAUCAGAAGAAACUAUGUCGCAAAACCAGGUACAGCAAAACAAAAGCAUAACAUAUAAUCCUUGCGCUGUGUUGGUUCGCAUAGUGACAGGUUAUUUCGUAGCUACUGUCAUUUCCAGUUCUGUCAUCAUUAUUAUUUACUUUUGGAUUGAUUCAGAUGCAAGAAAUGUACUGAAAAGUAAGGAGAUCAAUAUGUAUACCUUUUGCAUCUUCACAGCAGUGUCCUCGUUCGCAAACUGUGGCUUCACGCCACUAAAUAGUAACAUGCAACCCUUCAGAAAGAACUGGGUCCUUUUGCUCCUAGUGAUCCCGCAGAUUCUAGCAGGCAACACCUUGUUUUCACCACUCUUGCGGCUAUGCGUAUGGGUUUUGGGGAAGGUCAGUGGAAAAGCAGAGUAUGCUUACAUCCUUCAGCAUCCUGGGGAGACUGGCUACAAACAUUUGCAUGUGAGGAGAAAUUCUGUUUACAUUGUUCUGAGUGUUACUGGACUGAUUCUACUGCAAGUAAUGUUUAUUUGCUCGUUUGAGUGGAACUCAGAGAGCUUAGAGGGAAUGAAUUGGUUACAGAAAUUGGUAGGAUUAUUAUUCCAGAGUGUUAAUACAAGACAAGCCGGUGAAUCUAUCCUUGAUAUAUCAACACUUUCUCCAUCAACUCUGUUGCUAUUUGCAGUCGUCAUGUACCUUCCUUCCGAUGCUUCAUUUCUCACUGCCAAUGCUGAUAACCAGCCCUUGACAGAUAAAAAGACAAACUCGAUUAGCAGAGCACUGUGGAGGAAUUUUACCGUUAACAAGCUUUCUUGUUUAGCAAUGUUCACAUUCCUGGCAUGCAUAACAGAAAGGAAGUCAAUUUCUUCUGAUCCACUAAAUUUCAACAUCUUCAGCAUAGUUUUUGAGAUAAUCAGCGCUUUCGGCAAUGUAGGCUACUCACUAGGAUACAGUUGCCAGAAGUUGUUGAAGCCUGAUGCCACUUGCAAAGAUGCUUCCUACGGGUUCGUCGGCAGGUGGACCGAGGAGGGUAAGCUGAUAGUUAUCCUGGUGAUGUUCCUGGGGAGGCUCAAGGAGUUCAUCCUGAAAUGAGGAGAAGCUUGAGUGCUCACGUGCCACAAGGACCAGAGCGUGCAAGCUUUUUUAGAGAUUCCACAUUAGUUCAUUGAUUCGGGCCGAUUGACCCCGAAUCACGAUUGGCAAAACUGCAAAAGGAGGAAUUUAUCAAGCUUUUUUUAGAGAUUCCACAUUAGUUCAUUGAUUCGAGCCGAUUGGCCAAAUCACGAUUGGCAAAGCAAAAGUGCAAAGGGAGAAAUUUAUCGA